CUGCUGACGUCCUCGCUUAUUGCAUGUUUCAUUUUUGACAGGUUUUGCACCAGUCUCUUACUCUACAUUGUCGCUACUGCACCACCAAUAUGGUUGCUAGAAACGAAAAUGUGUGAAUGGAGACGAGAAUUCGAGUUGCAUGGAGAAAGUAAAAUUCGUAUUGGAUCCUACACCAUCAUUAUGCGAGCCGGUGACGAACGAAAAUGGCUGCUGACGUCCUCGCUUAUUGCAUGUUUCAUUUUUGACAGGUUUUGCACCAGUCUCUUACUCUACAUUGUCGCUACUGCACCACCAAUAUGGUUGCUAGAAACGAAAAUGUGUGAAUGGAGACGAGAAUUCGAGUUGCAUGGAGAAACGCGUAUUCAACAAAAAAAGCCUUUAGGAGGUGCAGAAGAGGAGCUACGCCUACAACUUCUUGAACAACUUCUUCUAGUGGUGCUUAUCGUGGGAAGAUGGCUUUUGCCUAAAGGAGAUAUUAGUCGUGAACAACUGUCACAAAUUCUACUAGCUUAUUUGGCGAUAUCCUCCGAUAUUGUCGAGUUUUUUGACGUUUUCAAAGAAAAAGCAGUUUAUAAUAACGUUGGUGUACAACAGAUUGUACUGGCUGCUUGGACGCUCAGUCUCUUACAAUUCCCUUUCGUACUCACUGUUAGCCGAGCUCGAAAAAUGCGAGUUGCUAUAACAAAAACUUACGAAGAACUGAUACUACCAAGGACUCCACCUAAUUUUUGGGAG